AUCAAGACUGUUCUUCUGGGAAAGGACCCGGAAAGGCCACCCCCCCUUGCAGCAAAACUUCCCACUCGGCGCGGAUUACGUUGCAGACCAUGUCAGCGGCGGCACAGAAACCAUGCGCCAUAGCAGUCCAGACGUGCUCCACCAAUUCCCCUUCUGGGUUCUCUUCACUGGCUCACCGUGAUAACACAAUGGCUUCUCUGGCAACAGCCGAAGUCUGCGACUCAAACGCGUCAGUCGUAGCAAGCGGCGACCUGCGCGUGCUGCAUCCUGUAUUCCAGAUAUAUGGUCAGAAGAAAACGUUCUCGGGUCCUGUUGUCACUGUCAAGGUAUUUGAGGACAACGUCCUGGUUCGGGAGCUGCUCGAAACCAGAGGUGAAGGGAGAGUUUUGGUCAUCGAUGGCGGAGGAAGCUUGAGAUGUGCACUGGUGGGUGGGAACAUGGGACAGUUGGCUCAGAACAUGGGAUGGGCUGGGAUUGUUGUGAAUGGCUGCAUUAGAGACGUGGACGAGAUCAAUGAGUGCGGGAUUGGCGUUAGGGCCUUGGCUUCGAAUCCCCUGAAAUCGAGCAAGAAAAGGGUCGGGGAAAAGCAUGUCCCUGUCUACGUCGCCGGCACGCUGAUCCGCGAUGGCGAAUGGUUGUAUGCAGAUAGUGAUGGGGUUAUCGUCGCCAAAACCGAACUGUCUGUUUGAAGCUUAAAGAGACCAUUUUCAAGGGAGCAUGAUUCGACAAGAAAUUUAACUUUGCCAAUUUGUUAUCUUCUCUCAUUGAUUCCGCAUUUGGGAGUGGUCAAAGCCGAUGGGCAAGAACUUCAAGUUUGUUGUUACGUGCUGAAUGUUGCGAAACACUCCCAAUGAGAGCUGGAAUAAAACGAAAAUGAAGUUUGUCCACAUUUGUUUAUUUGUACGAAUCACACUGCUUUUGUUUUA